ACCGAAAGCGCUGAGCGGAGGGGGAGGUGGCCAGCAGCUUGUCCCGCGUCCGCCAUUUUGUUGCUGUGGCUAUUGGGAACCGGCUGAGCAAAAUCGCCCCGGAGGCACGACGCUCCUUGGAGGCUGGAGCUUCGUGUGACAGAGGGAUCGGUGCAGAUCCGUUGGGCUGAGGAGCCAUCAUUUUUCAGCCCGGAAGUCACUGGAGCUACACCAAUACGCCAGGCAGCCUGAGAUCCCCGGGGCGGCCUCUGCUGCAGCUCGCUUCUCCCGCUGAGACCCUUGGGCUCUGCCCCGCAUUUCCUGGGCCGGCUGUCCCGAGAGGCAGCCCUUGAGCAGGCGCGCGGCGGCGGAGGAUGCUGCAGGCCGGGAGCCCAGUGGGAGGUGUUGGUCCAUCCCGCUAAGCGCGCCUCGAGGUGUGCCUAGAGGCCCUAUCGCAGCCCCAAAGCACCCCGCCAAGGCUUCCAGAACGGGCGAAAGCAGCCACCGCCCGGACCCGUUACCAUGUCCUCCGCCAGGUUCGACUCCUCGGACCGCUCCGCCUGGUACAUGGGGCCGGUGUCUCGCCAGGAGGCGCAGACCCGGCUCCAAGGCCAGCGCCAUGGUAUGUUCCUGGUCCGCGAUUCCUCCACCUGCCCGGGGGACUACGUGCUGUCGGUGUCAGAGAAUUCACGAGUCUCCCACUACAUCAUCAACUCCCUGCCCAACCGCCGUUUUAAGAUCGGAGACCAGGAAUUUGAUCAUUUGCCGGCCUUGCUAGAGUUCUACAAGAUUCACUACCUGGACACCACCACCCUAAUCGAGCCAGCGCCCAGGUAUCCGAGUCCACCCAUGGGAUCAGUCUCAGCACCCAACUUGCCUACAGCAGAAGAAAAUCUGGAAUAUGUACGAACUCUGUAUGAUUUUCCUGGGAAUGAUGCUGAAGACCUGCCCUUUAAGAAGGGUGAGAUCCUAGUGAUAAUAGAGAAACCUGAAGAACAGUGGUGGAGUGCCCGGAACAAGGAUGGCCGGGUUGGAAUGAUUCCUGUCCCUUAUGUUGAAAAGCUUGUGAGAUCCUCGCCACAUGGAAAGCAUGGCAAUAGGAAUUCCAACAGUUACGGCAUCCCAGAACCUGCUCAUGCAUAUGCUCAACCUCAGACCACAACUCCUCUACCUGCAGUUUCCAGUACUCCUGGGGCAGCGAUCAACCCUUUGCCCUCUACACAGAAUGGACCUGUCUUUGCAAAAGCAAUCCAGAAAAGAGUACCCUGUGCUUAUGACAAGACUGCCUUGGCAUUAGAGGUUGGCGACAUAGUAAAAGUCACCAGGAUGAAUAUAAAUGGCCAGUGGGAAGGCGAGAAGCCCUCCCCAGUUGUCCUCAAGCUGCCAGAGAAAGAUGGUGCUGUUUAUGCUGGUUCCAUGUUCCCAAGCAAAGGAAAUGCAAGCUCAGAAAACUGGUUAGUACACUUGAGAUCUAGUGAAUAGGAAGAGCCCUUAACCAAUUUACCAUUAACCACUUACCAAUUUGUUUAAUGUGAAAACAUUUUUCUCUUAGCUAAAAGAGGACUGUUUAUAUAAGCCAACUGGUACAAAUGUGUGACCAGUCCCUCAUCUGUACAUGGCAGACUAGAAUUCUGGAACCUUUGUAUAGUACAGUCUGUUUUCCCUUCUGGACAGCCCUCGGCUCAGAAUAAACACAACAGACCUGGAAAUGUAGCAACAACCUAGAAAUUAAUUCUAGCAUUUAUAAAGUGUCUACUGCAACAGUGGUCCUGUCUCUGGAGGUUUUGAGGUUUGAAGUGACACAUUCUGGUGGCAGCACCAGCAAAACAACCAUUUUUCUAUUUUUCAGUUUCCUUAUAACUCUAUAUUUUGUCAGGCUCAUAAUUGCCACUUUAAAGAAUCUUAAGAGCGUUCCUAUGGCAAAAUAAUGGUGAAUUUGAAAAACACCUCAGUUGCCUGUCUGUGGUUUUCUUAAAAAAGAUACAGAGCUCCAUGUUUCAUUUACCAAUGAAAAAUGUGGCCACCUCCUGUGCCGAAGCUAGUCCCUUGCGCUUGCUUUUUCUGCUAAGGUCUUGAGUGGGCUUGUGCUCAUUUAGGCUCAUCCUGACAUCUACAAGUGGUAGACUUGUGACAGAAUCCCCAUACUCUAUGUAGAAACAGUACAUGCCUUGUGGCAGUGACCUGGUCCUUGGUGCCCUGAUUGUUAUGGGUAUCUAGCAGGUGAAAUUCACAUCUUCUUCAAAGAGGGUGUGGUCCAUGAGGCCUUUAUAACCAGAUUGAGUUGAAGCACUUCGUGACACCUUUUGCAGCAGUUAGCUUACAGUACAAGCAGUAAAUGGCCAUUUUGGAAAGCAGAGUUUUCUUUUAACCAGAUCUGCUGAUCCAUCUCUUGUGGAGCACUUCAGAAUCAAAAUACCCAAUAAACCUAGAGUUUGGUUUCAUAAUGAAUUAUUUCAGCCCAUGUAAACAUCUCUAGGGCUGCCUGGGAGAUUCUGAGCUUGGAAUAACUUGAGCCUUGAGUUCUGAACUCUCAAAAUACGUGCCAAAAGUAGUUAUUUGACAUAGAACUUUUAUUAGUUUUUAAAUCAAGCAGAGAAAUUUCUCUUUUUCACACUAAAGAGGAAAGCAGUAUCCCUGCCUGGAUUUCAUUCUGGCUUCCUGCUAUUCUAGAGAGUCACACUUCAUUCAGCAGUGUGAAUUUGACCCAGGGAUAAGUUAUCUUUUAUGAUUAUUCGUUGUUGCCACUUGCUCUGCUCUACUGUCUUGUAGACGAUAUCUGGAUAUUAGAUUAACUCAUUGUGGUUCUUUUUACCUGGAGAUGACACAAAUUAUGUAUAGAGGGCAUUGAUACUCUUGAUUAAAAACUUGCUUGUCCUGGGAAGGACCUCCAUUACAGGAGUCUUUCUUGUCACUUCUGCGCUGCGUGGCACCACCUAAUGACAUGCUUAACAAAGAGGAUGCUUUGACCAGCUGCCAUUAGAUGACUUUGGUCACCCAGACUUGACACCUCAUAUGCUGAAGGGAAGGAGGGAAAGACUGCUGCCCCCGCUCGGAGCUUCACGCCCCUGGCCUUCCUUCACAGCUGUUUACAGACAAGGCAGGCCUGAGGUGAACGGCCAACUGCUCUUGUGACAUUCGCUCAGAGGAAUAUGAACUUUUUUUUUUUUUUUUUUUUUGAAAAGGGAUGAUGUGUUUUUGUGCCAGGUGUUUAUAAUUUAAUCCUUUAAUAUUAUGUUCAUUAACCUCUUAAAACGAGUGAAUUCUUGAUUGUUUUAACACAGUUCCUAAGACUAAAUGCUUUCUGUGGACACCACUGAGCUCUGCCUCAAACUCCACCCUCUGGGACUGGAGAGCCAUGUCUCCGCCGGUAACUGCUGUCAGUGUGAACACUGAGCUGUUUGUGUGUUAUAAAAGAAGUAGAAGAACAGUUCUCUGAAACAGGAUCGUUGUCCCUGCAGGAGGAACAGUGGCCUUGCUUCUAGACGGUCUUCACUGUGUGUUUUAAAACAACAACAAUGUAAAACUCUUUU